UGGAAGUGUGACCAGGAGGCCAAGACCCCCGCUGGCACCUGGGGUGGCCAGUCCCCUCGCAAAGAGGAUGAAGACCUCAACAACGUGCUGGAUUUUAUCCUUUCCAUGGGUAGAGGCUACGGCCAGGGUGCAGCUGGUGGAGAUUAUCCCCCUGCCCAAGGGGACAGCGGCAGCUUUUACCAGAUGGUGCCGGAGAUGAUGCGCUCCGAGAUGGACUCCAACUACUGCCCUCCUGGCAACGUCCACGGGCGGUUCUUCGUGACACCCAGCUUUGGGGGUCCACAGUUCGUUGAGAACAUUAAGCCUGAGCCUGAUAUGGACAAUUAUGGACCGGUCUUGGGUCUGGUGCCCCAAGCUUGCCCGAAGAUUAAGCAGGAGGGCAAUGCAACCUGCAUGAUGGGCUAUGAGCAGCCCCGAGUGGCCAGCUCCCCCCAAAUCCCCGGGGCAGAGACACCCCCGCUGAGCCCCGAUGAUCUCAUGGUGACUGACUGCCACACGCAGAUGAUGUGCCCCUCGUCCGUGUCCUUCCAGCAAAGCUACCACCCAGCCUCCGGCUUCCACCACCCCCAGACCCAUCUCCAGUACCAGAACACCUCCCAGUUUGGUCUUUUCGAGGACAGCCUGCCCUUACAACCCUCCGCUCCCAGAGGCAUGCUCACCCCUCCGUCCUCCCCUCUGGAGCUGCUGGACUCCAAACCAAAAAGAGGACGUCGGUCCUGGCCGCGGAAGAGGACAGCCACUCACACGUGCACCUACGCGGGGUGCGGGAAGACCUACACCAAGAGCUCGCACCUGAAGGCCCACCUCAGGACGCACACAGGUGAAAAGCCCUACCACUGCAACUGGGACGGCUGCGGCUGGAAGUUCGCUCGCUCCGACGAACUCACCCGUCAUUAUCGCAAGCACACCGGCCACCGGCCCUUCCAGUGCCACCUCUGCGACAGGGCGUUCUCCAGGUCGGACCACCUGGCGUUGCACAUGAAGCGGCACAUGUAGCCCCCCCCGGACUGGGACCUGCCGACAGCGGACGUUGUUUAAACUGCUCAGGUGCAGAAGCGUGACAAACUUGUAGCUGGUACUACGUUAGGGAAGGCACCGACGCUCUGGC